CCCAGACAUUUCUAUCUGCAUAUCAUCGAAUUGCAGAAAUGAUGAGUGCUGCAAUUCCCAUCACACAGAGGUUAGCAGGCAAGGUGGCACUAAUAACAGGUGGAGCCAGUGGCAUAGGCGAGUGCACUGCGAGGUUAUUUGUGAAACAUGGUGCCAAGGUCAUAGUCGCAGACGUCCAAGACCAACUUGGGCGCUCCCUUUGCCAAGAAAUUGGUUCCGAAGAAACCAUUUUCUAUGUCCAUUGCGAUGUAACAUGUGACGCUGACAUCCAAAACGCCGUCGACACUGCCAUAUCCAAGUAUGGGAAACUCGACAUCAUGUUCAGCAACGCCGGCAUCUCAGGCGAAAUGGAGUCAAGAAUCGUACUCUCUGAUAACACAAACUUUAAACGGGUUUUCGAUGUGAAUGCGUAUGGGGCCUUCUUGGCCGGUAAGCAUGCCGCAAGAGUUAUGAUUCCAGCUAAGACAGGAUGUAUUAUAUUUACUGCAAGUGUGGUUUCCGUUGUUGCGGAGGGGGCGAUCCCAUAUGCAUAUGUGGCAUCGAAGCAUGCUGUGGUGGGACUUGCCAACAACUUGUGUGUGGAGUUGGGACAAUAUGGGAUAAGAGUUAAUUGUAUAUCUCCAUUUGGAGUGGCAACACCCAUGUUAAGACAAGGAGCAGGAAUGAUUGAGAAGAGCAAGGUUGAAGAGUUGGUUUCUUCUUCAGCCAACCUAAAAGGUAUAGUAUUGGAGGCGGAGGAUGUCGCAAAGGCAGCCUUGUAUCUGGGGAGCGAUGACUCCAAGUAUGUCAGCGGGAUGAACCUGGUGGUAGACGGCGGUUACAGCAUUACUAAUCCCUCCUUUGGAUCGGUAUUUAAAACUCUCUUUUCGUAGAGCCAUGUGUCGGGAAAACUAAAAAGUUAUUUAAGUUUA